GUCACUUAACCAACUGAGCCCCCCAGGUGCCCUGUUAUCUGUGGUUUCUGAAGGUCAUUGUUACCGAGGUAUUUCCUUGUUUAUGACAAGAUUAUCAUUUCAGAGCUGGAGAUGUCCGCACACCCUAACCUAUGUUCAGAAGCUUUCUGUGGGUUAUUUCUGGUCCUCACAAUUGUCGCCCAAGAUUAGCAUUUUUAUUCUUUUACACAAAUGAAGGAUAUGAAGCUCAAAAUAUUAAGCCUGGGGGCACCGGGCUUGCUGGGUAGGUGGAGCCUACGGCUUUUGAUCCCAGGGUUGUGAGUUCAGGCCCUGUGGUGAGGGUGGAGAUGACAUUAAAAAAAUACAAUCUUAAAAAAAAAAAAAAAGUUAAGCCUAAUUCCACCCAGCCAGGAAGUCGCAAACUGGAGAUGUGAACCCCGGGGGAUUUGGGCUCCAAAAUCCAUGCUUUUCCCUCCCUCGGACAGGAUGACUCUCCAGAGCCUCAAAGUCUAACGGAGCAGAGAGACGGAGACAGAACCAGAGACGGUGCGGGGUGUUAGGAGUCGUGAGAAGUCCCCACAGUUAAGUCACAGGCGCUAUGAGAGCAAAAUGAAAAGAGUCAUUUCAGCCCCAGGGGGCAGGGUACGGAGAACAUCCUGGAGACGGUGGUGUUUGUAGAGCACCUGAAGGCGGUGUGACAUUUCAGCCCGUAGGAAGAUUGACCACCGAGGAAGCGCGGGAGCAGCAGUGUAGACACGGGAACUGGCGGGCGUGUGCGGGCGUGAGAGCUUGGUGACUAAUGAAACUCUUGACUCUAGAGGGCUUGGCAUGCCAGGCACUGGUCUCCAAAACCCCUGAUUAGCGACCACAUAUCAAGGCUUUGGGGGAUCAGCACACGCUGGACAAGAAGAGGUCUCCAGGGUUGCUCCACAAGACUGCAUGGCAGGUCAUCACCGCAGGAGGAAGGACAAUGGCCCCGGGGGCGCUGUCAGUGCAGAAGGACAGCACAGAGGCCCCCCCAGCCCAGGCCACCGCCCACCCCACCCAGAAGGACACCGGAGCAGAGGUCAGUGAGAAGAAGGACCCCAUGCAGGACACGCUGCCUCCAAAGGCACGGGACAGGGCGGUGGCCUCUGAUGGGGCACAGACACUGUCGCUGAGGAGUCAGGACCCCAGGACCAUCAAAGGAAGGCAGGACCAGAACAAGGAGCCCACAGCCACUGGGACAGAGCCCCCAAAGACUCAGGGCAAAGCGCAGACCACAGCAAGGACACCCGUGCCAAAAAGUCAGGCCGAGGCGCUGACCAUGCCAGGAGCAGGGUCCACAGGGAGGACAGUGAAAGGAGUGACCACAGAGGUUGUCCCCCACCGGGAGACAGCCCGGGCCACGCCACCCUCCACUCCCUUCUGGAACCGCACCACAGAGAGAAGGCUAAGUCUACAGGCCAGCAACUUCAAGUCUGAGCCCCAGUGGGAUUUUGAGGAACAAUAUAGCUUUGACACGGGGGCCCUACAGUCGAACUGCCCCGACUCAGUGAAGGUCAAGGCCUCCAAGUCACCCUGGCUCCAGAAGCUCUUUCUGGCCAACCUCACCCUCUUCCUGGAUUCCAGCCACUUCAACCAGAGGGAAUGGGAGCGCCUGGAGCACUUCGCACCGCCCUUUGGCUUCAUGGAGCUCAACCACUCCCUGGUGCAGAAGGUGGUGAAACGCUUCCCUCCGGUGCCCCAGCAGCAGCUGCUCCUGGGCGCCCUACCCCCCGGGAGCUCCCAGUGCAUCACCUGUGCCGUGGUGGGCAACGGGGGCAUCCUGAACAACUCCCACAUGGGCCAGGAGAUAGACAGUCACGAUUAUGUGUUCCGACUGAGUGGAGCUAUCACUAAGGGCUACGAACAGGAUGUGGGUACCCGGACGUCCUUCUACGGCUUCACCGCCUUCUCCAUAACGCAGUCCCUGCUUGCCUUGGGCGGUCGGGGUUUCCUGCACGUGCCCCUGGGGAAGGAUGUCCGCUACCUGCACUUCCUGGAGGGUACCCGAGACUAUGAGUGGCUGGAAGCGCUGCUUCUGAAUCAGACGCUGGUGAAAAGCCUUCCAUGGUUCAGGCGCCGGCCCCAGGAGGCUUUCCGGGAAAGCUUGCGGAUGGACAGGUACCUGCUGAUGCACCCAGACUUGAUGCGCUACAUAAAGAACAGGUUUCUGAGAUCAAAGACCCUGGACACUAAACACUGGAGAAUCUACCGUCCCACCACGGGAGCCCUCCUGCUGCUCACGGCCCUUCAGCUCUGUGACCAGGUGAGCGCCUAUGGCUUCAUCACCGAGGGCCACGAGCACUUUUCUGACCACUACUAUGACAAGUCCUGGAAACGAACCGUCUUUUACAUCAACCAUGACUUCCCGUUAGAGAGAACACUCUGGAAGCGGUUGCACGAUGAAGGUAUCAUCCGGCUGUACCAGCGGCCCGUAAUUUCCAAACCGAAGAUGUGACUGGGGCCUGGGCCGCUGCGGUCUCAUGGGCCGUUCCGUUCCAAGGCACGGGCAAGGUGGGAGCCUUGAGACUCUAACCACCGUUCUCCCGGAGCUCAGGCCAGCCUCCUGGCCCCUCCAGACCCCGUCCCCCCGGGGAACUCGGGCACCAAGGAGGAGACACGUUUAAGACGGCAAAUGACCAAUCGAGGCCUUGGAGACCUUGGAACAUGGAUGCUCAAGGGAGGGAGGACUCCCGUCUUGAGACCCAAGAAUUUGAACUAAAUGGAGUGAAGAUGGGCCCACACCGCCCACUGAAUCUCACCCUUCACCAUCCAAAAGCUACCUGACGCUGGCAUGGAAAAGCCCCAACCUAGGAGACGAGACAUGGAGGUUCGAUUUCGAAUUCCAAAUCUGGUACUUAGCAGCUGUGAAAUCUUGAAGGCCUUACUUAAUUUCACUAGGGAUUGUCUACAGGACCCUUCCUCCUGGGGCUUAUCUGAUUCUAGAAGGAUCUGCACCUUUCCUUGUCUUUGAGCUCUUUGACAACUCUCGGGUUGCAGAAAACGGAUAGUAAUAAGAAUAAUUCUUGCCCGUGAAAAUGCAAAUAAAUCUUGUACAGUCAAGAGGCAAGUGAUGACCCCCUGGGGGCAGUGACCUGUUCUGUACAAACAGGCAAAUUCAUGUUCAAGUUCCUGACUGCCUGUGUGUCUGUCUGUACUCGAGGUUCUCCUUUGAACCAGUUUUUGCAUCUUACUGGUUUCUUCAUUAGUUAAGCAGUUAAUAAAAUCCUUGACAUGCGUUCAUUUUAUAUUUGUAUGAGAGUUACCGUUCUACCCUUGGAAAAACAUCUUCUAUCAUGUCCUGAGGCCACUGUUUUAUAAUCCGUAGCACGAUUUUUGGGGUACCCAUUCCACAAUGAUUUAAAAAAAUUACUCUCUGUAAAAACCUGAGGCAAUAAGGACCCAGUUUCCUCCCCUUUCGUUCUCCAUCCUCCCUCCAGCCUGCACUUCCUCAGACCUCAUGUUGAGAACCCAGAGCAAGCCAAAGUUUUUUCGGUUCAUCUUAUCCCCUCGAGCUCUAGCUACAGGAUUUGGACUCUGAAGCCCAGAAGAAUGCUAAAGAUCCCAAACUGAAUAAAGGCCCCCAGUGAAGGAGAUGGAGGGCGUGGAAGGAAAAAAAAAACAACCAAAAUCAAAAAACAAGAAAAGAAAAGUAAGCUGUCUCGUAGACUUCAUGCUCAAGGUUCAAAAGCUAAUUUAAUACAGGUGGGACAGGAUUUGCUUUGUUCAGAAAGGCUGCAGUACCAGCUCUGGGCAGCAGGUGGCAAUAUCUUGCACACCCACCCCUCCACCCCACCACCUCCCUCUGCCCCGUUUCUGGAAUGCUCCGCCUGUCUUUUUCACGUUUCCCCAGCUGUUCUUACAUGUUUAUUCCUCCGUGUGAAUUUUAGUAUCUGUUUAGGAUCUAGGGGGAAAAAAAUUUGGUAUUUUAAUUGGAAUUGCAUUCGAUUUAUACAUUUCCCCGGGGAGGAAUGAAUGGACGUAUUACAUCGAGUCCUCUUUUCCAAGAGCAAGAGAUGGUUCUCCACUUCUCCAAAUUUGUGUCUUUCAGUAUUUUAGUAUUUCCACAGAUUUCAUAUAUUCCUUGUUGAAUGCACUGCUCAGUAUUUUAUCUUGUUUGUUGCUGUUCUAAAUGGAUUUUCUCUUACAUUAAAUCCUC